GACAUGUGCACGGCAGUAUGUAACAGCCUGUGUAAUGGACGCGAUCUGCCAACGGAACAGGAAGUGAAAAACUUUUUGCUUCAGUAACAAUGAAGCAAUCACACGAACUGGGCAAUUGGGAAACAACUGGCUGGCUAGCUGGCUACUAAAGACAAUUACCUAAACUUUUUUAGACAGUAAAACUGUGACAGUCUUAAACAAGCACGUAGCCUACACGAAACAUCUGUUGUCCUGGACGUGCUAAUGCCACCAUGGCAAGAACAUUAACGAUAAUUCUAUUUAUCGUUUACAUGUUUUCACAGACGAACUCUCAAGAAGCAAUUUUGCACAUUUCGGAUGGGUCCGCCGAGAAAGAGUAUUGUCUUGUUUACAAUUCAUCUUGGACUAAACUGUCAACGUCCCUCAGCAAUGCAGUGGAGUAUCAGUUGGUAAACCUGACGUCAACCUUUCUCUGCAGUGAAUCUGGUGUAGCUCCUGAUGCACUGAGAGGGAGAGCAGUGGUGGUGAUGCUUGGGGAGUGUGGUUUCAGUCAGAAAGCUCUGGUUGCUCAAGAUCUUGGAGCGUCUGCUGUCCUCAUUGCCAGUAAAACAACCAUGUUGACUCCUUCAGCGAAUGAGUCCGACUAUGGAAAAGUCAAGAUUCCUCUGGCGCUCAUGAGAUACAGAGACAUUAUGGAUGCACAGCAGACCUUUCCCAGUGGUAUGGCAGUGAGGCUGUAUGCUCCCCUGCUGCCUGUGUUUGAUGUCAGCCUCUUCGUCAUGUUGGCUCUCAGUAUCUUCACAGUGGCUAUGGGAGCCUACUGGAGUGGCAUGUCUGAAAGGGACAGGCUGAACGAAUCCCCAGUCGUGGGCAGCUGUGAGGGGAAAGGCUCCAGUGGCGACUUGUCUCUUUACUCUCCACUCAAAGUCAUCAUCUUUGUGGCUCUGAUGAGCACCAUGCUGGUUCUGAUGUACUUCUUCUACACGUGGCUUGUGUACGUCAUCAUUGCUGUGUUUUGUCUUGCCUCUGCCGUGGCCCUACACAGCUGCUUGGAUGCGAUCAUGGAAAUAGUAGGUUGUGGAAGUUGCAACUUCUCAUUCCUUGGAAAAGAUUUCUCUGUGAGGUCGCUGCUGUUGGCUGCAGUCAGUGUUGCUGUGGCUGUGGUCUGGGUGGUGUACAGGAAUGAGGACAGGUGGAUCUGGAUUUUGCAGGAUCUCCUGGGCAUUGCGUUCUGUCUGAACUUUAUGAAGACCAUAACUGUGUCAAACUUUAAGGUCUGCGUCAUCCUUCUAAGCCUCCUGCUUCUGUAUGACGUCUUUUUUGUCUUCAUCACGCCUUUCUUUACUCCAAACGGAGAGAGUAUCAUGGUUCAGGUUGCGCUUGGUCCAGGGUCUACAGGGGAAAAGAGCGGAGGCAACAUGGUGGAGGUACCUGCUGAACCCAGAGCUCCCCAUGAAAAACUGCCUGUGGUCAUGAGAGUACCGAGGUUUUCGGCCUUGGCCCAGAACCUGUGUGGGAUGCAGUUCUCCAUUCUUGGCUACGGAGACAUUAUUGUACCAGGUUUACUGGUGGCCUACUGCCACAGGUUUGAUGUAUGGACCAGCAGCUCCAAGAAGAUCUAUUUUCUGUCAUGCACAGCAGCCUAUUUCAUUGGUAUGAUUGUGACAUUUGCGGUCAUGAUUGUGUCCAAGAUGGGCCAGCCUGCCCUGCUGUACCUCGUGCCAUUCACUCUCCUGACCAGUGCAGUGGUUGCCUGGUGCAGGAAGGAAAUGAGACAGUUCUGGACCGGAAGUACUUAUGAAGUGUUGGACUCCUCAACAGGACCUUUAUUACAAGAUGGAGGAUCAGGAUGUGACGGUGGAGGAAAAUGCUGACUUCCACAAUUAACCGAGGGUGGUGCAUCGUUAUUGUUUUUUACAUUUUGAAUUUAGGCACAAGCACAAAUUAUAUGGGUUGUCGCUUGUGUUAACAUUAGGCAAUGAAUCAGCAGGUGUAAUUGCAAGGAAUUAAAUGUGGUUUGGGGAUUUAAGACCAAUCAUUUAAUCUCUUGCUGUUAAUCAGUAAAAUAAUCCAUAAUGUAGAAAAUGGCUGUAAAGUAAAAAAAAAAAGAAAAAGAAAAGAAAUGGUGUCUGUUUGCCAAAUUAAGUUGGAUUGGGUUUUGGUCACUUUUUUGUUGAAUUCCAUAAGCUAAAGCAAUAUUCUGCUUUUUUUUUUUUUGCUGUGGAUGGCUGAUGAUGCCAGCCUUAACAUGUUUGUGAGAUGAAAACUGCCCAUUUAGAAAUGCAAGUAUUGACUUGCAUCACUCGCAUGUUGCCAGUUUAAGAAAUCACUUUUCUUUUAUUAAACUGAUACUUUUGUGCA